AUGUCGAGUGAACAAGCCUCACAUAUGAGCUUCUAUGAAGCAGUUGAAAAGAGAAGAAUGGUCUGUGACUUCCAAGAUAAAGAAGUUCCAGAAGCUGUCUUGAAAAGAAUUAUUGAUGCAGGUUUAAAGGCUCCAACAUAUGAUCACCUCAGAAACUGGGAAUUUAUCAUAGUGAAAGAUCCUAAGGACAAGAAGCAUGCUCUUCAAUUCAUUGAGCAAUCAACACCUGCUCAGCUCAAGAUUUUGGAAGAAACAUUAUCUAAAGGCUCAGCACAGGAGAAGAUGUAUUCAAUUGCUAUGCCAAGACAAUAUUCCAUGCUUUAUAAUGCAUCAUAUAUUGUUUUUCCAUUCUUCAAAUCCACACCAGAUCUCAUGCAUCCAACAUGCGUCAGUUCAUUAAACCCAAUUUCCUCUAUUUGGUGUGUAAUUGAGAACAUUUUCCUUGCUGCAACUGCUGAAGGUUUGGCCUGCUCUAUGAGAAUCCCUGUUGGAGAAGAAGGACCAAAUGUCGCAAAGGCUAUUGGCGCACCAGAUGACUACCUCUUGCCAUGCUAUUUGGGAAUUGGAUAUCCUUUGGAAGACAGACCAAAGAUUGAGCAAAUCCAAUUCACAGCCGAACAAAAGGUGCACUAUGGCAAAUGGUAA